AGCCACGCGAAACUUGAUCUUUGCGACGUUUGAAGAAGCAUAUUCAGUGAUCGAAUACUCUAUCAGAAUACGUCAGAAAGAAUUGAACUGUGAAUACGGAAGAGAGGGAAUUCUCGAUUACAUCUUGGGAAAUAGUACGGACGAACGACUCGACUCGAUUCGUAUACAGAACCUCGCCAUCGGCUUAAGGCAAACGAGAGAAGGAAGGCUACGGCGCAAACAAAGGCGACACAUGCUAUAAUAACGGCAAGAUCAAUAACAACCGCCAACAUGAGUGACGCAUACGAAAGAGAAUCGCAAAACAACGCCCUCCUCAACUCCCUCGCCCAAAAGACCUCUGCCCUCAAAUCAGUUACGAUUGAUAUAUACGAUAACGCACGGAAUCAUGAGACCCUCGAUAAUACCAAUGAAGUCUUCUCAAACAUGUCCACGAGUAUCCGCGGUAGCGCAUCGAGAUUGACCCGUGCCGCGCGGGCGGGUGACAAGGUCGCUGUUAUGAAAGUUGCGGGUAUUUGUGUUGGGACUGGGGUUGGGCUGUGGGUUGUUUUGGGAUGGAUAUUUUGAUUUUAUUUGUUUUAUUUCAUUUUCCCCCUCGUUCGAUGGGGGCAUAUUUGUAUGAGUAUGUGAGUCUACCGGUGGUCUAAAUAUCGGUAUACCGGGAUUCCUAGGUUGGGAGGGGACUGGCUUUCCCACUAUAUUGUCUUUUUUUGCGGAUAUUGAUUUGAUCCCCUAGGGAUAUCAGUUUCAUUGCGUUCUGGCGUUUGUCGAUACUGUGACGUCGAGCUUGUUUGUUAAUACUCUGGUCUGACCGCAAUUCAAGCAUGCAUUUGCAUUGAUU